GGAGGCGCGGAAGGAAAGCGGCGGUUCCGCUUUGAGGCCGGGCCGGCAGCAGGUAAAAAUGGCUGCACAAGAGAAGUGGAAAGGUUGGGCUUCAAAACAGCAUAGUGCGGCUGCAAAGGCAGGUGAAACGGAACCAUGUGUGCUUCUGCGCCAGUGGCUGGGUGAACCGGGAAGAUUUGCUUAUGCGGCACUUUGUGGGAUAUCCCUAGCACAGCUGUUCCCUGGAGAAGAGCAAAGCUCCUUCAGGACGGAAUUCAUUGAGGGCUUUGUGAAAUGGCUGGACCUGCCCGAAGCUGUCUUGCCUGCCAUGACAGCAUUUGCUAGCGGCUUAGGAGGUGAGGGCACAGAAACCUUUGCCCAGAUUUUGCUGAAGGAUCCCAUCUUGAAAGAAAAUCCAGUUGUCAUUACCCAAGAUCUUCUGUCCUUCUCUCUUAGAGAUGGUUACUACGAUGCUCGAGCCAGGGUGUUGAUCUGCCACAUCACCUGGCUGCUGAGAAUCCCCUCGGAGGAGCUGGAAGUCCUGGAGGAAACUCUGCUUGAGAGCCUGAAGGAAGGCAAAGAGGAAGAGUCAGAAACUGCAGAAUUAUCAAGAAAAAAGAAGGAAAGAAGAAAAAAGCUGCGGACAUACGUGCUGAUCGGUUUGGCAACCGUUGGGGGCGGAACGGUGAUUGGCUUGACAGGGGGUCUUGCUGCCCCUCUGGUUGCUGCGGGAGCUGCGGCUGUUAUCGGAAGUGCUGGAGCAGCUGCUUUAGGUUCCACUGCUGGAAUUGCUGUCAUGGCAUCCCUUUUCGGAGCAGCCGGAGCUGGCCUUACCGGAUACAAGAUGAAGAAGCGUGUGGGAGCCAUAGAAGAGUUUGAAUUCCUCCCACUUACUGAAGGCAAGCAGCUUCAUAUCACCAUAGCAAUUACUGGGUGGCUGUGCACUGGCAAAUACGGGAGCUUCACAGCGCCAUGGAGCAGCAUGUUGCGAUCAAGCGAGCAGUAUUGUCUGGCCUGGGAAUCCAAGUACUUGAUGGAGCUUGGCAAUGCCUUAGAUUCCCUGCUGAACGGUUUUGUGAACAUGAUGGCUCAAGAAGCCCUAAAAUUCACUGUCUUGUCAGGUAUUGUGACGGCCUUGACUUGGCCAGCUUCGCUCUUAACUGUUGCCAGUGUCAUUGACAACCCCUGGGGAGUGUGUCUGCAUCGGUCUGCUGAAGUAGGCAAACAUCUAGCAUAUAUCCUGCUCCGUCGGCAGCAGGGCAGGCGGCCCGUCACACUGAUUGGCUUCAGUCUGGGUGCGAGAGUCAUUUACUUCUGCCUGAAGGAAAUGGCUCAAGAAAAAGACUCUCAAGGGAUCAUCGAAGAUGUGGUCUUACUGGGGGCUCCAGUGGAAGGAGAAGCCAAGUACUGGAAAGCUAUCGCGAAAGUGGUGUCAGGCAGGAUCAUAAAUGGAUAUUGCAGGGGGGACUGGCUGCUGAGGUUUGUAUACAGAACCUCCUCUGCCCAGAUCAACGUUGCAGGCCUCCAGCCAGUCGACCUGGAUGACAGGAGGAUGGUAAACAUGGACCUUUCAUCUGUAGUAAACGGUCACCUGGACUACAUGAAGCAAAUGGACACAAUCCUAAAAGCUGUGGGCAUUAAAACCAAGGACUGUCGGCAGGAAGAGAAGGGCAGCAGCAGUCUGUUCUCACCUCUAGCCAAGAAAUCACAGCAGGCAGCAGGCAGCGAGACUGGGGAAGAGGAAAACACCAUGCGAGAGGAGGAUGCGGCUGGCGGUGAGACUCCCCCAGCCAGCCUUGCUCACCGCCAUGACCCCCCCAGCUGCCUCCCGGGAGAAGCCUCGCUCCCCUGCCCAGACUGUUCAGACAGCAGGGACAGCAGCAAACCGGCAGCGGGCGGGGGAGCAAAUUAGAGCUGUCUGCGUUGGGCAGAGAUGCUCAGCCAGCACUAAAACUGCUUUCAAAGCACUGUCCAUUGCACUGGCACUCCCAAAGGCGUAUCGGUCGAGCCGGCAGAGCUGUAGCUGCAGGUUUCAGACCCUCCUGAGAGCCUGGAGUGUGGCACCGGCGUGUCACUGGAUCAAAGCUUUCGGAGCAGCCGCCCACGGCAUCUCCCACGGACAGGAGAAGCCCAAUUCCUGCCUGAAUCAGCAUAGCUCCUCAGGAAUCGAUGGCACUUCCCUCCUCGCACAUACUGGGUUUAUCCUCAAGGGAAGCAGCUGUCACCAUUAGGGACUGCAUCUCUGCUGUUUAACUCCUGAGAAAGCAGGUGGCUCUGUGGGUAUUUUUAAGCAUAUCGUAGAGAGGGGCUUGUCACUAGGAAAUUAAAAAACAUUUUUCUACCAGCGGUCGAGUUGGUUUUUGGUUUUCACAUGAGCAGGGGCGUUGCAGGCUCCGGCUGCCCAGCUCCGUACGUCUCAGCGCCCACGCUUCGGCUCUGCUAGCCGGGGAGGGGAAAGGCUCCGUGUACCUGGCUUCCUUCUCCUUCUGCUGCUGGUUUGGUGCCAGGGCUUGGGCGCUUUCCAAUCGAGACGACUGUUUCCCUAUCUGCAAGCUGAGGGCGAUGAGUGUUCGAGGCCUCAUUACUAUUAGAAACAUGCUUUGAGUCCCUAGGUGAAAGACAGCAGAAGAAACAAGUGGGCUUUUUAUGAUUUAUUACUUUGUGAAACUUCCUGCCAGGCUUUGCAAGCCAGCAACCCACAGAGACUUUUCGUUUUGUCCCCCACGCACAUCUCCAGCCUUAAAAGCCCCUUCUAGCCGUAUUUUUAAUUGGCUUAGAAUAAAACCAAUACUUGGCAUAGGAUAAACAGGAAUCUGUUUCAUUUCCUUCCGUAAAAGCGUAUCGGCACCCACUCGCUUCGCCCUCAGACUCAAGCCGGAGCGGGGGACCUUGCUUUACCUCCUGGCUGCGCAGAGUCCUCCAAACUGUGUGGGACAGACCCGCAUCUGCUGUAAAAGGUCCUUUUCUGGCCUGUUUUGCUGCUCAGCCCAAGAAAACAUGACCCCGCAGGAACACGGCUGGAGGAUAAACCCCGUUCUGAGAAGAGCUCUGUGUUACCCUGCUUUAAGACCAGCGCGAGUUGGUACGAAUGCCUUCCCGCACCCGGGUCUGGGAGGUCUCGCUGGCUCACGAGGGGAAACAGCGCGACUGCGGCUUCCGAUUGUGGUUCGCACGGCGUCCUCCUCCUCCCUCCCUGUGCCAGAAGGUAGUUUAAUAACCACCUCUCCUUUCCUUUCCUUCCCCAGCUUUCUGCAAACCUUACCCGCAGAUUAUUUCUCACAAAGCUGGAAACGCGGCUGUUUCUGGGGGCGGCAGCAGAACCUGGCAAUGCACAGCGGCUUUGGGUACGGUGCCCUGCUUUUCCUCUCCCCGACGCCUUCCGCCGCGGGGGGCUCAGGCCUGCUCGCUCCGGUUCUGGAGCGGCGCCUCGCUGCAGCGCCGCGGCAGACGUCUCCGAGACAGGCUGUGGGAUCCCGCAGCGAGGGGCCCGUUCCGCCGGUCAGCGUUAGCGCUGCUGGGUUUUCAUACGGUUUCUCUCCCGCAUCGGGGGAUUUGUCCGCAAGCAAAGAGCUUAUUAGGAAGAAUUGGCUCGAUGAGAGAGUAAUGUAUUAUUGCUUUUGAGCAUUUGGCUUGAAGCGGUCUCUCUUUGUCCGUCUCCUGAAGCCUCUGCCUGCUGGCAUGGUUACCUAACGGACUGUCGGAGUUCCUCCUGUAUUUUUCUACUCGUUUUUAACCAGAGUUGUAGUCAAAGUAUGUUUUUAUAUAAAGCUAUUUGUGGAAAGAUGUAGGUAUUUAUCUUUCUGCUUGCUACCGAACCCAACUUAUCUCUCCACAGAUGUGGGAAAAUGAAUUAACCGGUUUGAUGUUUGAACCUGUGCUCAGUCCUCUGUGGUUAUUUAUCAUUGACCGCUGGGCCGGCCGUCAGUUGCAAGGGGAUUUGUAGCAAAUAAAUGUCAAGUUAGUCAUAAAAACACUUGUUCAGCUCCAGAACAUACGUGGGCAACGUGGAAAGAAAACGAAAUGAGUCUUUCUUGGCGUGUGGCUGCUUCUUCCAGCAUCCCGUAUCCUUGGGAUGUUUUGUAGUCGUUUGUGUAACCGCGAGCUUCAGGAGCACGAUCAAACGCGAUAGCGUGAGCUGGCAAGCAGGCAGCGAGGCUCGCAGGGUGCGGAGCCCAGGGAGGACGCCGCAACCAACUACCAACCCCUCUCUGCAGCCGAAAGGCACUUGAGGAAGAAUUUGCUAAAAGCGUUUGUGGUUUUCUUUAAGUGCCCACUUAGCAUAUUACUCACUAUUCUCUCUGCUGAUGGCUGGGGGGGGGCAUUGUCAUGUAAAACACAAUAUUCGUUUUGAUUCUUAAUUUGAAGGGGGGAAAAAAAAGUAUAUUUUCUAACUGCAUCAUCUAAAAAUUGACAGAUUGUCAGAGCAAAGUGUGAUGGUCAUAUGCCAAAAAUAGGAAGCUGUAGGAUGAAAUCUAAAGGGAAGCUCAUUCCGUCACUUACUACUGUCAGGAUACCCACAGAGCCACAAACAAGGCGAACACCCACACCCUUGCUGAAUAUCCAAAGAGCAGCGUUGAACAUUUUGCAUCAAAUUUAAUCCCCCGUAGUGCCGGCUGUUCAUGAUUAAACACGAUGGUUUCACUGGGUUGCAACUCACCGCUUUCACAGGAAACCGAGACUGAUACAGCCCAAAUCAGGCGAGGAAAUUAAACCCCAAGAAGACGUGAUGUUCUGUGGCCUGAAGCAGCCCCGAACCUCUUGUCCGUGAGUCAUGGGAUGUGGUUUUCACCGGUCCUCGGGGUGCAGUUGGUGAGACAGAGGUGAUCUGCAAAGCUGUGCGAGUGGGAGCUGAAAACCAAGCCUUGGUUUAAGUUCAGGCAGACACAGGCUGGCGGAAGGGACUGGAGUCCGAGGCUCAGACUAACGGGAGAUGAAAAAGGCCACGAGAAGCAGCCCUCGGAGAAGGGUGAGGGAUUGGUGACGGUGAGCGAAGGAGGGAUGGAAAGAGAGAGAAACAAGGUAGAUUAAUUCAGCAGUAAAACGUGGCUUUGCACUGUUUAAACCUACCCACGGAAGUGCUCGGUGACGACGUCUUCUCCGGGGAGAUGCACAUUGCGUUUGAAGAGGGCAUCGAGCAGCGACGCAUGGGCAGGGAGACGUCGCGUGGCAAACCAGCCCUCCGAGAGUUUGCGCUGUGCUGGGGGAUCCUCCCCAGCACGCAGAGGUCUGUAACCCCCCCGUCGGCAUCUCCCCCUGGCUGUAGCCCCACGGACACCCUCGCUCAGGCCACGGGGUUGCUGAGCUGCUUGUGCUGCAGCUCCGCCUCUGGGGGCUCUGUGGCAAAAAGGUUGACCAAGUGGGUGGCGGGGCCCGGGAGAGCCGGGGAGCCGUCGAUGGCCGGCAGCAGGCCGUGUUCGUUCCCCAGCGCCCCGGACUCAACCGAGUCGGUCUCAGCCUGCAAAGUGAGGACGUUCUUGAGGGAGGUGGCGGCGCGGGGUCCGCUGUUGGAGUUCCUCAUGGAGAGGGAGAUGGCACUGGGACGGGGCUCCCCCGAGCGCCGGCAGCAGGGCAGGUAUUUGCCCAUGGCCCUCUUGAAGUCUCUCAUGAAGAGCGGGUAGAUGAUGGGGUUCAUGGUGCUGUUGCAGUACCCGAGCCAGGUGAGCACGUCGAAGAAGCUGGCCGGGACGCAGCUGCAGACUGCCUGGCGGGGAGACAUGGCAAGGGUUAGCGGCGUCUCCCACCUCAGCCCCGAUCCAGAGCAGUUUCCCAGCCAUGCCAACGUUUUCCUUUUGAAGGAACCCUCCAAAACUCUUUGGAAGGGUUUCUCCUUGCUGUUACUCCCUGGAGAAAUUGCAUCUUUGGUCCCAGAGGCUUUCCAGCAAGACCUGCAGACAUCUGAGACCCAACCCAGCUGGAUUCAAUGUGAAAAGCUUUUGAAAACCCAACACAAAAACCCCCACACGUGCUUACCUGCGUCACAUUGGUGACGAAGAAGGGGAGCCAAGCCACAAAGAACAUGCCCAGGAGAAUGCCCAGCGUCAGGCUGGCCUUCAGCGCCUUCUUGCUGUGCUUGUUGGCGAACCUCCUGCUCUCGCUGCCGGCCGCGGGCUGGCUCGGGGCGCGGGGAGCCUGCAGCAGGAGACGGGGUGGUGAGAGAGCGCUUCUCCCCGGGCCGGAGCCGCCAGCACCGGCACCAGCCUCCUGCCCAAGAAAAGUGGUGUUUGGUGCUGCAAAUCCCGCAGAAACCCUGCCGUUAUUUCCCUUCUCACAGGGGGCAGGAGGAUGGUACGCACCGCAGUCCCCGAGCCGUAAGUCAGGAAGAGGAAGCAAUGGAAACCCACAACGUUGAGAGUUGGGUUUUUUUUAACUGUAAAAUAGAGGCUUUCUCAUUAAAAUGCUUCUUUUAUA